UGACAAUGGUAUGGGUUAAUGAAUUGUUGUGUUUGUGUAAAUUGACUUAGUUUCUUAGCAAUUAUCAUAGGCUGGAAAUGACCUUCCUUUCAAGUUUUCAUUCAUCAUAAUGUAUGAAAUUUAUCUAAAUUAGGCGUCCAUAUGUUGUGGUCUAGACUUUACAUAUACAAAUAUACACUAUAUGAGCAAUAUUGAGCUUUAUAUUUUAUGAGUCUAAAAGGGAUGAACGUUAACUCUUGGGUGGUUAUGCAAAGUAUUAUGUGUAUAUAAUAUAUGUUAGGUAUAUGACUAAUUACUUAACUGGUUAAUUUGGUUUGACUGGUUAGGAGUGUCUGAAACCAAACCAAACCACCUAAACCAAACAAGCUAAAAACUUUAACCAUACCAAACCAAUUAUCCAUAUGUUGACGAUUUUUUCAAUGAAAAUUUUAAUAGAAGGGCAUGUUUGAUAAUUUUUUCAUAGUACAGGGGUAUGUUUGAUGUAAAAAAUAGUAAAGAGGCAUAUUUGAUAAAAUGUUACAGUAUAGUGACAUAUUAUACUUAUAACCAUUUUCUAAUUUUUUGGUCAUGGAUUCUUUGAAGCAUUUGGCGGCAAUAGAAAAAAGCUCAUGGGCUCCGAAUAAUAUAUACGGACCCGAAUUGAUGGGCUGGGCCGGCACAAUAAAUAAACUGAAAACCCGGCACCGAUACCCGCGGAUGUCACGAAGAAGCUAAAAGUGACCAUUUCGGUUGACGUGUUUCUCUCAAAACGCGCCACGUUGGUGCCUCUGCCGUUAUACACAACUAACUGACAGACAACACCUCGUCUGAAUCCGCAACACAACCAGUGGCGGAUCCAGAAAUUUUUUAUAGGGUUGUCCUCGUCUAAAAAAUAAAAUAAAAUAAAAAUUAAAUUAAAUUAAAUCAUUCAUAAUCAUAAAAUAUCUUACUAGUACAAAUUUUAGUAAAAGGCCACGACGUGUUUUUCAUAUUUUGGAAAAGAAUAUAAAAUCAACUCAGUGUCUAUACUGCUCAACAAAUAUGUAUAUCGUACUAGACAAUAAUUCAAGAACUGAUCGCAUAUCCGAUUUCUAACAUUGUUCUUGAUGUAACUCAAAGUUGAAAUUAAAGACUCUUUCAACACUUGCAGUGCAACCAUAAAAUCAAUUCAAAUUAAGAGUAGCCCGUAAUUAGUUUAAUUGUUAGAUUUUGAAAAUUGUCGGGGAUAAGGAAUAGCAUUUUUACUAUUACAUAGUGUUCAAAAUUGACCAACAAAUGAGUUUCAAGCUAAUAGAGAAUAUGUUUAAUGAUAGUAAUGUCCCAAGUAUGAAUAAUACUGAUUAUUACUUAUAUUUAAAUCAUACGUAAACUAUUACUGAGAGUAGGAUAAUCGUUUAUUUUUUUUCUUUCAAAUUUUAGCAGUGUCUCGAAUUAUCAAUUGUAUUAUUUUUAUUCAUACGAAACUACUACCGAAAGUUGAAUAAUCGUUUUACCAAAUUUUUGGGGCGUACCAGACACCUCUAAAACAGCAUGUAUCCGCCCCUGAACUCAACUACUGCUUUUGGAAACAAAAAGAAAAAAGCAUCACUGCAUCACCCCGUUCUUUCACAGUGAAAGCUCCUGAAAUGAAUCCCUCGGCCGGAAAAACAGUUCUCCGGUGAUGAACGAAUCGGCGUCGAGCCUGGAGAACGGCUUGCCGUUCGAUGUCUGCCUCAAAAUCGCUUCCUACCUUCCGGUUCUGGACGUCUGCGUUCUAAGCAGGUGCGCUCGCUACUGGAGGGAACUUUGCAGCUCCGAUUCCAUCUGGGAAUCGCUCGUCUGCGGAGAUGGCCCUGCGCCGCUUUCCCCCGAGAUUCCUCUUCUUUGGUAACCGAAUGAUUGGUUCUUCUUGUUUGUUUCCCCGUACGGUGUCUUCUCCGGCCGGGUUUCUGAUUUUUGGGGAUCGGAAUUUCUUUUUGGGUAAAUACAAUUUAAUAUCCAAAACUUUUAUUUUAAACAAUAUAAUAGCCAAACCUUUUUGAAAACAAUCUAAUAUCCAAUCGUCAACUUUCUGUCUGUUUGACCGUUAGUUGACACUUCAAAAAAGUUUGAAGUACGACACUUCAUCAAUAUCCAUCGAUAUCUUCUCUGAAAAACCACCAACAUAUCGUAGUUUCAAACCCGAGAAGUCCAUGACUCCACCAUGAUGGUAUAGAAUAUCUAAAUAUUCAAUCAUCUGCAAUGCCAAAACAAGAAACAAAGUUGUAUUGUGACAAUUUCACCUAAACAAAGUUUUUUUGAAGUGUCAAUUAACAGUCAAACGAACGGAAAGUUGACGAUUUGGAUAUUAGAUUGUUUUCGAAAAGGUUUGGCUAUAUUAUUUAAAAUGAAAGGUUUGGAUAUUAAAUUGUAUUUACCCUUUCUUUUUUUAGAGGUGGAGGGAGGUUUACGCCGGGAAGCACAGGGAGAUGGCCAGGAGAGCUGGCGCGGUGGUCGGAUUCGUGAAUCAAAGCUGUGGGGCUGAAUCAAUGGAAGUUGGGGAUUACGUUGAGGCAAUUGGGGAAUUGAGCUCGUUGGAGUUUGCAUUUGCAGACGUUCGAAUGUUCCUCUUCAAGCCGCACCUGUCGGCUGUCUGUCCUUCUUAACUUGGUUGCAUUGCAUUACUCCAUCUCCUGCCUCCAAAUCCCGGUAAAAUAACAAAAUCAGAUUCCCCUGGUUUUGAUUUGAACUUUAGUAGCUAAGCCGCGCUUUGAAUAGGUUUGUUAGAUCGAAAAUCCGUGUGUAUCAACGCAAUAGUGUGUGGUAAGUUCGGUUUCAAUUGCAGCUGUGGAGUUGCUGUGCAGAUAGUUGUGUUUAAAGAGCGAUUUGAGUGUGAUUUGGGUAAGCUUUUACGGUGUCAUUCUAGGCAUGGGAAGUUGUGGAAGCACUGAGGAGCUGCUGGAUCUCCGAGCGGCAAGUGUGUGUAAAAUGGUGGAAGCUCGGGAGAUGGUUCUAUGGAUUCAGGAUGAUGGACGAGACUCAUUCUCGCCACCUCACUCUUGCAGAGCUCGCUACCAAGAAGGGUAUGGAGGUUCUAGGGGUCCUCCACAGACCACAGAGGUGCCAUUCACGAGGUUUUACGCGUUGUGAUCUGUGUCUCCUCCGGCGGUACUUCUUCCAGUCCAUGGCCUCAUUCAAGCACACAAAGUGAUUGAACGCUAGAAUCGCGGUGGCCAUGGCUGCUGCUGGAUGGUUGGCUCGAAUUCUGCUCUAUACUUCACCAUGUUGUACUUUACAGUUCCAAACUCUUGAUCUGUACAUGGCAACAGACAGCUAAAGAUGGUGUGUAUUUUCUAAAUCACAAUGCACAACCACCUCUUAUUCUCUUCAAUGGCACCAUCGCCUCUCUAUUCAGAUUCACU